AUGGCCACUUUGCCUUUGGAAUCACUCCCACUAGGAUUCCGGUUCCGUCCGACGGACGAGGAGCUCGUCAACCACUACCUGAGGAGCAAGAUCAACGGCCAGACUCACCUCGUAGAGGUCAUCCCCGAGGUCGAUGUUUGCAAAUUCGAGCCAUGGGAACUUCCGGGUAAUCGUAGUUUCCUCUCAUCUCGUCGCAUUUCGAUCCUGUUCCCUCAACCAGGCCGGGCUUAGAGUGCUGAUUCUCUGUGAUCUUUCCUUUUCUUCAGACCAGUCUGUGAUCAGGAGCGGGGACCCGGAAUGGUUCUUCUUCGCCCCGAGGGAUCGCAAGUACCCUAACGGGCACCGCUCGAACAGGGCGACUGAGGCGGGAUACUGGAAAGCCACCGGGAAAGACCGGACGAUCAAGUCCCGCACGGUAGCGGGGACGGCGAACAUCGGGAUGAAGAAGACCCUCGUCUUUUACCGUGGGCGAGCGCCCAAGGGCGAGCGAACAACCUGGAUCAUGCACGAGUACCGCGUCAUAAACUCUGCCUCCGAGAACGACUCCGACGUGGUCACUGGUGAUCAGGUCUGUGAAGAUUAUCGAGAAACCUGCUGAAUUCCUAACUAGGGCUGAAAUCUCUGAGAAAACUGUGGUGAUAACUCACAUAUUUCCCCGUCUGACAUGCAUCUAUCCACCACAUUGUUCAGGAUCAUGAACUUGCUACGGGAAAUCAACGUCUUUUCGUGCACUUUGGUCUUCUGUUUUCGCAAAUUGUUUUGUAGGCACUCGGCUUAUGAUUUGGAGAGUAAUCGAUCAGAUGUUCAUUAAUUGGCGAUUCAAUUUCCAUGAAAUUCUGGUUCAACAGGACCUUCUGUGGCCCCCGCUUAGAUGUUCUGCAUAAGAUGGUGGAAAGUAGUGUUAUCAUGGUUCUACCAUGUAGAAUCUUGGAGUUUCAGUUUAAUCUAGACAAAUAGCUCGACUUAUGAGUCUCCUCUCUUGAAUUAUUAUUCUUAUUAUUAUUAUUAUUAUUUUAUUUCGAUGGUUCAUUAUUUAUGAUUUGACCUAUGACCCAGACCGACCCGGCUGGACCUUCCCCAGCUCUUGGUAAAUCCAUCAAGAACCUCAUUUUGUGGCAUCUUGAUCUGAAUUCAUCGUGUCACUUGUGUAGGAUUCAUAUGUUCUAUGCCGGUUGUUCAAGAAACCAGAUGAGAGGGGUUCAAAUCCGAAUAGCGAGGAAGUGGAAGACAGCAGCUUCUCCCCCGCCCAAACAGGGUCUUCUCCCAGCCACAAGCAUCGCGCAGAGGACGCAGGAGAAGAGUCUGUGGCACCAUCGAAUCAUGAUUUGCUCAAAUCGGAAGCCCAAGAAAAACCGAAGCAGCUGGAUGGCGUUGACCAAUGGUGCGGUGACGAAGCAGACUCCGGUGUGAGGCAUCCUGUGAAAGCAGAACAUGGUGACAAUCGUAGUGGCCAUGUAGCUUCAGAUUUAGGAGUUCAUAAUGACGAAACUGGCGCUGACGUGCGUAGAUAA